AUGCGUCUUCGGCAUUUCAUCCCUGAGCUUCUGCUCCUGGGCUCGACUACCCAAGCUCGACCUACCGAAGAGUGCCCUGAUGGGGUCUCUAUCGUCAAGGUCCAGCCUGAGGUUAUCGUUGGGCUUCAGCCCGUCAGUAUAAGUGCUGUGUUCACUAGCAAUACAGUCCUUACUAUUGAUGGGACUACGAUUCCUAUCACUGGUGCUCCUACUACCUUGGUCACUGCAUUCACUAUCACCAAGACUUCGACUAGGUACAUCACUGGUAACCCGGAACCGUAUUUUACUGGUCCCUAUACGACCAUCACUAGUAACAACCCCGGAUCGAACCCCACUACGAUCACCCGACCGCCCUCUGGCAAUGAUCACACCGGAACCGUUAUCAUAGUCAACCCAUCAGGUGGCUCUGGUGGCACAGAUCCCGCCUUCACCGGACCGUAUACGACUAUUACAAACAAUGGACCUGCUGGAAGUCACCCAACCACUCUGACUCUUCCUCCCUCGGCCAAUGACCCCAGCGGAACUGUUAUCGUGGUUGUUCCCUCUGGUACUGGUACUCAGAGCAAGCCUUUCACUGGUCCAUAUACAACCAUCACGAGCGCUGGUCCGGGAUCUCAGGCUACCACUCUGACACUCCCACCUUCUGGCACUGGUGGUGUUGGAACUGUCAUUGUGAUUGAUCCAACUUCUUCUGGUUCCAAGCCCUCUUCUACCAACUCAGGUAAGUUCCCAGCAACGACUCUCACCAUUCUACCAUCUGGCACGGAUGGCACUGGCACUGUUAUCGUUAUUGGACCUACGGCGUCUUCUGGAUCUGGACAUGCUUCCUCUGGUGGCUCGGCGCAUACCACGGCUGGAGGCUCUGGUGUCCCCAACCCCAGCUCUGUUACUUCGAAGGGGACCUUCACUGGUCCAUUUACCACCAUUACUGGUAUCAACACUGGCUCUACUGGUACAACCGUGACACUCCCCCCCUCUGGUACAGGCUCCAUCGGCACUGUUAUCGUCUUGGAGCCUAGUACAAGUGCUCAGAAGACCACCUUCACGGGCCCUUUCACUACUAUCACUGGAGUCAACACUGGUUCUGCCGGAACUACAGUCACACUUCCCCCUUCGGGCACAGACAGUGUCGGCACGGUUAUAGUCCUUGAGCCAAGCACGACUGCGCAGAGGACGACCUUUACAGGACCCUUCACCACAAUCACUGGCGUUAAUUCUGGCACCGCUGCUUCGACUGUUACCCUCCCUCCCUCAGGCUCGGAUCCUACCGGCACUGUCAUUAUCCUCGAGCCCAGUGUGACAUCGAAGCCAAGUACCUUCACCGGCCCCUUUACAACCAUCACUGGAGUUAACACCGGCUCAUCAGGAACGACUGUUACCCUUCCCCCUUCCGGUACCGGCUCCGUCGGUACUGUCAUCGUCCUUGAACCUAGCACGACUGGACCGCGAAGCACUUUCACUGGCCCUUUUACUACGAUCACAGGCGUUAACUCAGGUAGUCUGACUGCAACACUUACGCUUGCGCCAUCUGGCUCUGACCCAACCGGCACAGUUGUCAUUCUCGAGCCUUCAGUCACUGCCCCUGCCUCUAGCUUCACAGGUCCCUUCACCACUAUAACCGGAAUCAACACUGGCAAUGGUGUAGCAACUCUCACGUUGGCGCCCUCUGGUACCGACUCGACUGGAACUGUCGUCAUUCUUGAGCCUUCUUCUUCUGUUCCUUCAAGUACUUUCAGUGGUCCUUUUACCACCAUCACAGGAUCUGGUCCCAUCCCGACCACCGUCAGUCUUCCUCCUUCAGGUGGCGACCCAAGCGGUACUGUUAUCGUGAUUGGUCCUCCUUCAAGCACCACAACCUUCACUGGUCCCUUCACUACCAUCACCGGUGUCAACACUGGUACUGGUUCCUCAACAGUCACACUUCCUCCCUCAGGCACCGAUACAGUUGGCACUGUCAUUGUGCUGGAACCAUCCACCACUAAGACUUUUACUGGGCCUUUCACGACAAUUACUGGUGUUAACACAGGCACCGGCGCUUCUACCGUAACCUUGCCACCUUCUGGGACUGACUCGGUUGGUACCGUCAUUGUGCUUGAGCCGUCAACGACCAAGACAUUUACUGGACCUUUCACUACCAUUACUGGCGUCAACACUGGCACCGGUUCCUCCACAGUAACCUUGCCUCCUUCUGGUACCGAUACUAUCGGCACAGUGAUCGUGUUAGAGCCCUCGACAACCAGGACGUUUACGGGACCUUUCACCACCAUCACCGGCGUGAACACCGGGACUGCAACUGGUGCCUCGACCGUGACUCUUCCCCCCUCUGGCACUGACUCAGUCGGCACUGUGAUUGUCCUCGAGCCCUCAACUCGCACAACCUUCACUGGACCAUUCACUACCAUCACGGGCGUCAACACUGGAACUGCAACUGGUGCUUCUACUGUUACCCUACCUCCUUCUGGCACGGACACCAUUGGUACAGUCAUUGUGCUGGAGCCUUCCACUCGCACGACCUUUACUGGCCCCUUCACAACAAUCACGGGCGUCAAUACGGGAACUGCAACUGGCAAGUCCACUCUGACUUUGCCUCCCUCUGGCACUGAUCCUACUGGUACCGUAAUUGUCUUGGAGCCUUCUGUUUCAGCCCCAGCGAGCAGCUUCACUGGACCUUUCACAACAAUUACUGGAGUGAAUACUGGCACAGCAACUGGCGCUUCUACAUUGACCCUCCCUCCUAGUGGCACAGAUAGUGUCGGCACAGUCAUCGUCCUAGAGCCUUCCACUUCUGCAGUCCCAACAACCUUUACUGGACCCUUCACUACUAUUACCGGUGUGAACACUGGAACGGCAACUGGUGCGUCCACAUUGACCCUCCCGCCCUCGGGUACGGAUACUGUCGGUACCGUCAUUGUCUUGGAACCCUCGACUUCAUCUCCAGCUUUCACCGGCCCUUUCACUACCAUUACAGGCGUGAACACCGGUACAGCCACGGGAGCCCAGACCGUCACUCUGCCGCCUUCUGGUACAGAUACAAUCGGUACAGUGAUUGUACUGGAACCAUCUACAGCUGCUACCCCAACCACCUUUACAGGCCCAUUUACCACUAUCACUGGAGUGAACACAGGUACAGCUACAGGAGUCCAGACCGUCACCUUACCACCCGCCGGAACCGACACUAUUGGCACCGUUAUUGUGUUGGAACCCUCAACUUCAGCUCCUCUUUUCACCGGACCCUACACUACCAUCACUGGUGUCAACACAGGUACUGCGACUGGAGCGUCGACCAUCACGCUUCCGCCGUCUGGAACAGAUACCAUCGGCACAGUUAUUGUGUUAGAGCCUUCAACCUCAGCACCUGCGUCAACAUUCACUGGUCCAUUCACCACUAUAACUGGUGUCAGCCCAGGUACUGCCACAGGGGCCUCAACAGUCACUCUCCCACCAUCAGGAACCGAUACCAUUGGAACCGUCAUCGUGCUCGAGCCUUCAACAUCAGCCUCUGCUUCAUCGUUCACAGGUCCUUUCACCACGAUCACUGGUAUCAACACAGGCACAGGCACGGGGGUAUCUACCAUCACUCUGCCCCCGACAGGAACUGACACCAUCGGAACUGUCAUUGUUCUUGAACCUUCGACUUCAGCUCCUGCUUCGACUUUCACUGGGCCUUUUACCACUAUCACUGGCGUCAACACAGGUACCGCUACUGGUACCUCUACGUUGACACUUCCACCAUCAGGCACAGAUACUAUCGGCACAGUCAUCAUCCUCGAGCCGUCAACUUCAGUACCUGGUUCAACCUUCACCGGUCCCUACACCACCAUCACAGGUAGUGGACCCAUUGGCACAAGUAUCACUCUGUCACCAUCUGGAACAGACCCUGUCGGUACCGUGAUCGUGAUCGAGCCCACGCCUGUUUCAACUCUAUCCCCUGGAGCCACCGGAACUAGCGAGGGCUCGGGUGUUUCAUCAACCUCUAAUGGUUCUCAAGGUCAGUCAACGUCUUUCCCCGGAAGCUCCGACUCUGGCGCUUCAAGCACUUCCGAUUCCCCCUCCCAGCAAAGUUCAGGUGUUUCUUCUUCCCAAUCCUCUGCCUCUGAUUCCUUGACCGAUGGCAACUCUGGUUCUGCGAUCAACACUUCCAGUGGCUCUAUGGAAUCUCCGACUGGAGUUUCAUCAGGUGAUUUGUCAGCUUCUGUUACUGGCGGCUCUGAGUCUGCCUUCAGUACCUCUGGUCCCGCAUCCCAGGAGAGCUCGGAAUCUUCCGGCUCCUUUACCAACGGCAAUACUGGUAGCACUGACCUUGGUGAGUCUACUGGUUCUCCAUCGGGUACUUUGUCAACCUCUGGCACCGGUAGCGAGUCAACCUCCAGUGCUGGUAGUCAGUCACCCUCUGCCCCAGGAAGCUCUGACGCCGCUUCAAGCACCUCUGACACCGCGUCACAACAGAGUUCUGAUACCUCAUCCGUUCCCGCUACAGAGACUGGUGGCAACACUGGCGGUCCUGGUUCUGGAAGUACCAGUUCUGGUGACUCUGAAAUCACCUCCACUGAGGUUCCUUCAGGAGCUUCAUCCUCUGGAACUGGCCCGGAUGCCAGUUCAGCUGUCUCUGGUGCAUCUUCAGAUACCUUGUCCAAUGGCAACGCUGUCGGCCCUGAGUCAACUGGCACCUCUGAUGGCUCUGGCGUAUCUUCAACGGGACUUCCCACUGUCUCCACAUCUGGCACUGGCGCAGGAACAUCUUCAGACGGAUCGGGUGCUUCUUCAACUCUAGGGUCGGAGACUAGUGGUAACACUGGUGGGUCCGAAUCUACAAGCACUACAUCUGGUGGUUUUGAAGGGUCAUAUACUGGACUUCCUUCAGGAGCUUCAUCCUCGCAGUCCGGCUCAGAGACAUCACCAAUUGCAUCAGUGUCUUCUUCAGAUACCGCAACCAAUGCUAACACCGGCGCGUCAGGCUCUGCAACCACCACUUCUGGUGGCUUUGAAGUAUCCUCCACUGAAGUCCCCUCAGCUUCGUCUUCUGACCCCGAAGGAUCUUCGACAGGAGUCCCCACUGACGCCACCUCCUCUGGCUCUGGUGCUGAGUCUUCUGGAGCCGAGACUUCUGGCGCCGGAUCAGGUACUUCAUCCGAAACAGGUGGUAACUCUGGCGCUACAAGCAGCACCUCUGAUGUAUCUGCAACGGGAGCUCCUACCGGUGAGACAUCAUCUGGCUCUGGCGCUGGAACAUCUUCAGCGGCGACUGGUGGUUCCUCUGCUCCGUUUACAGAGACUGACAAUACUGGUGCCCCUGCCUCUACAAGCAUUGACGGCUCUGGGGAAUUUUCCACCGGUGUUCCCUCUGGUGGUUUUACAUCCUCUGACACCGGAUCUGCGACUACUUCAGCGGGAUCAGGCGCUUCUUCAACUGCUGGAGAGGAGUCUAGUACUGGUGCCACAGCUGGUACGUCUGAUGGCUCUGAAGGCUCUUCGACAGGAAUCCCCACUGGCACUACUUCAUCUGGCACUGGCCCAGAGACCUCGGGUGCUUCCUCGACAGUCGAUGAGGGAUCAAGCACUGGUGCCCCUGCCUCUACCGCCAGUGUCUCUAGUGGUUCCGAAGGAUCUUCAACUGGAGUUCCCUCCGGAGCUUCUUCAUCGGAGCUCAGCUCGGAGACUUCAUCAGCGGGAUCUGAAGCCUCAUCUGGAAGCUCUGGUACCUCUGAGCCUACUGGUGCCACCUCAUCUUCUGGGCCAGGUGCAUCUUCUUCGGCUUCGGCACCAGAGACUGACAGCACUGGUAUCCCUGUCUCUACCGACGGUACCUCUAUCGGUUCAGAAAGUUCUUCUACUGGACUUGCAACGGAGUCCUCGUCUGGCUCUGGUGUAGAGACCGCCUCAACUGGUUCUGGCUCAGAGGCUUCCUCUACUGGAUCCGGUGCCUCUACCGGAAUUGCCACUGAGACUUCCAUCGGCUCAGGCUCAGAGACCACUCCGGCUGAAGUUUCCACCGAGCCUGCCUUCACCUCAUCAGGAUUCAUUACACGAAUUUCUAGUUCAUCGUUGUCUUCUGAAGAGAUCACUGACAUUUCAUCAGGCCCUGAUACCUCUACUGGUUCUAGCUCUGCUGCCACCGGCGCUUCUUCAACCUCUGACUCAGGUGCCGCUACUACCUCAUCGGGGCCUGGAACAGAGACUUCUGGUUCAGAGCCUUCGAACACUUCAUCAGGAUCUGAUGGCUCUUCCACUUCCGGUACUCCAUCCGAGAGCUCGAACACCUCCGCCAACCCAGAAGAGUCUUCUUCUGCUACGGGAGAGUCUUCUGGUAUCCCCGUAGAGACCUCUUCCGGUCCCGGUUCCGAGACCACUGGUGCUUCUUCUAGCUCUGGUGUUCCUUCUGAGAGCUCCAACACAUCUGCUCCCCCUGCUGAGUCUUCGUCUGAUGCUGCUGAGUCUUCCGGUACCUCAGGCAUUCCCUCAGAGACCUCUUCGGGCUCUGGAUCCGAGAGUGCCUCAGCGUCCGCCACUUCUGGAGCCGGUGGAGAGUCUUCAGCGGCUUCUUCAUCUGAACCUGAGCCAAUUUCCGGUGGAUCUUCUGCCACAACCGAUGCUGGCUCGGACACGUCUAGCACUGCGGCUACCGCUGGUGAAUCCUCCGGGGCUUCAUCAGCUUCGCCCGAGUCCUCUUCUGCCGCUUCCUCGAUUCCCACUGAGACACCUGGUACUUCUACGGGUGCUGGAGAGUCCUCUGCGGCCACAUCGGGUGCUGCCUCUGAGACUUCCAGUGGCCCUGUCGUGGACACUUCAUCCGACAUUGGCGUCUCUUCUGAACCUGCUACCUCCAGCGCCCCUGAGACUUCCAGUGAUGUUGGUGUAAACACUUCAUCGGAUGACGGUGCCUCUUCCGGCCCUGCUACCUCUGAUGUUCCCGAGACUUCCUCAGGUGCCUCAACCAGUGACUCCCUCGCCAGCUCUACUUCUGCGCCAUCUGAUGGAUCCUCUGCUACAUCGGAUGUCCCAGCGCAAACCUCCAGUGAUGCUGGCGCUGGUAGCUCCUCAGACACUGGUGCCUCGUCUACUGCUGAGGCUGAAUCCUCAUCUGCACCGGCCGGCGAGUCUUCGCUGGCUACAUCAGCUGCCCCUACUGAGACUUCUAGUGACGCUGGUGCCAGUAGCUCUUCAGAUGCCGGCGCUCCGUCUACUUCUGAUGCUUCGCCAACUUCGUCGGCCGACACUGAGUCCUCAUCUGCCCCAGCUCAAGAGUCUUCGACUACAGCCGGUGUACCAGCGGAGACCUCAAGCGACGCUGGUUCAUCUGCUGCUGCAACCUCCUCCGAUGUACUUGAGUCAUCCUCAUCCGGUGCUGAGCCUACCAGCACGUCCGACGGCUCCGGUGCCACUUCUUCUCCCGCAGCAUCGAAUACCCCCGAGACCUCUUCCGAUGUCCCCUCGGAGACAUCCAGCGACACUGGUGUCAACAGCUCCUCUGGCUCUGCCCCUUCCACCUCUUCAGAUGGCAUCGAACCGACCAGCAGCUCUGAUGCUGCCGCUAGUACCACGUCCUCACCCGCUGAGGAGUCGUCAUCGCCAGCUACCUCGGAUGCCCCCGUGACCUCCUCUGACGUUCCCGCUGAGACCUCUUCUGAAGCUCCUGUGGAGACUUCCAGUGAUGCUCCAGCCAACUCUUCAGAGGCUGAGACUUCAUCCGCCGUUGUCGAGACCUCUUCUACUGCUUCCUCUGCCGCCGAGACAUCUUCUACCGACACUGGGCCUACCAGCAGCGCAGCCGAUACCUCAUCAGCCGAUGCUGCGACAUCCACCCCCGAGUCCUCCUCCUCUGCUCCCGAGACCAGCGCUGAGCCCACCUCAUCCGCCGCAGUGACGUCUGCUGAACCUGCCACAACCGAAGCCCCAACCUCUGCAAGCCCAACCACUCCUGAGGCUCAGACAUCCUCCUCUGCAACUGAGUGUAUCCCCUCGCCAAACACUUCGGCUACUUGUACCGUGGCUCUCCCUGCUGCCUGCGCAGAACUCGAGACUACCAACGGUCUAGCUCUUAUCCCUGUACUCGCUCUCUGCACCACUGCCCUCGGGCCCUAUGCCGUUGGUAACGUUGCCUCCUGUCUCGCAACUACGCCCAUCGUUGGCUCUUCUGGUUUGAGUAUCUUCAACUGUGUCGUUGAUGCCUUGGAAGAGCGUUGCAUCACAACUCUGCCGGAGUCUUGUACAGAUCUGGCGAAUACCAAUGGCCUUGAGCUUGUCGCCGAUGUUGCCAUUUGCGCUGUUGCUCUCGGUCCUUUUGCUGCUGGAAGUGCUGCAACAUGUCUCUCCACUGGUGACAUCACUGGCUCUACAACAGGUACAAGCAUCGUUGAGUGUCUUGAGAUUGCCUUUGGCAUUACAUCCGGCACAGGUACCGUUACCGGCAUCCCAUACUGCGCUGAGUCUACGGCUACGUCCACUCCCACGCCUACACCAACCCCUACGCCGGCCUGCUUCACACUUCCUGACGCUUGCGAGUCCAUCGGCAGUUUGACUGGUUCCGUGGCUAUCGCUGUAGCCGCUCCUGCGUGUAGAACAGCACUCGGCGCUUACAACACAGGCACCGUGGCAUCUUGCACUACCUCCGGUAUCGGUCUCUUCACGUCCGGCUCGGUUGUCGUUAAUUGUCUCAACAAUGCCCUCUCUGGGGUGUGUAUCUCGACACUCCCAGCAGCUUGUUCCAGCUUGGCUGGUCAGAAUGCAGUUCAACUUGCACUGAACCUUGGUGCUUGCGACACUGCCCUUGGACCAUUCGGAGAGGGAGCGGCGGAAGACUGCUUGAGCGUUCUUCAGGGCAGCGGCGACGCUGUUGUGAGCUGUCUCAACAAUGCACUUUUCUAUCCCACUACGGCUAGCUUGGCUAAGUAA